GAUAGCCAAGGAGCGUAACCUUUUUCUAUUGGAAUAAUCAAAAUCAAUACUCUCUCCUUAUUUUAAAGCUACACACUUUCCUCCAAAAGGAAAAACAGAAGUUUGCGUUUUUGAUCAAAUUCAUACAUCAUCCAUAAAAACCAAGACAUAAUAAGAAAGGAAAAGGAGAAAUUAGCAUAACAAAAUCGGAAAACGAUUCUGAAAUUCCAACUCAUUCAUAUUUAAUACCUACUUUCUUUCUUUGACCAAAAUCUAUACGUAUACUCAUCAUCAGAUCUCUAUAUCUCUUGUUUCCACCUCAUUUCACCAAGGUCGAUCACCUGGGAAAGAUUGAUAAUUGCAAGAAUGGAAGAGAAUGGAGGAAACAAACUAAAUGGGAUUCGACAAAUCGUAAGGCUAAAAGAAAUCAUUCAAAGAUGGCAAAUUGUGACACUUGGGACAAAAGGGAAUAAUGAAGAAGACGGCGAUUCUGAUAAUAGUCCUGUUACCGGUACUGCUACUAAUCAUCAUUCUAAUGGAAAAACUGGCAUUAAUCCUGCUAUAAGUAUGAGAUUAAAGGGUUACAAUGUGUAUUCUGAUUCGGAUGUUGAAGAUGGUGGUCAAAGUCCUGAUUUGCCAAAUGAUGUACCUAAAGGGUAUCUAGCCGUUUAUGUGGGACCCGAGCUUCGUAGGUUUAUAAUCCCUACAAGCUAUCUUAGCGAUCCGUUGUUCAAGGUUUUGUUGGAAAAAGUUGAGGAGGAAUUCGGGUUUGAUCAUAGUGGUGGCCUUACUAUCCCGUGUGAGAUUGAGACGUUUAAGUACCUUUUGAAUUGUAUGGAGCAUCAUCAGAAGGAUGACAGCCAUGCUAUGAUUUGAGGUAAAAAGAUCAAAAAUAUCGACUGUGCAGAUAAUUCUUGUGGUAUGCAGUUUGGAAAUUCUUAUAUAAUAUCGCUAUUUUUGUUCUUCUAAAUCUUUCAAUAAUAUUCAAGUGAAAGACAGUUGAAGAUCUAGCUUGUAGAAAAACUCGUGUUUCUUUAAUUAGGUUCAGUUGUUAACUUUGUGAUGUUCGUUCGUCUGUGUUCAUGAUGUUCGUAGUGUUUGUUAAUUGUUCAUCGAUCAACGAAAAUCUUACUCUUUGGACAA